UUUUCCAUUUCUAUUCAUAUAACUGCACAUUAUAAGCUCUUACUUCCAGAAUGUUUAACCUGAAAUAAGUCAACCAACCUAACCAGGCAGUUAUUUAUUCACCAGCUGUUUUGUUGUGUCACACCCGCACUAUUAACUUUCCAAUCAUAAGUAACUUUUAAGCUUUUAAGUGCCUACAAACCUGUGUAUAUGUUUUUUAUUUAUGUAAUAAGGACUUAUUUCCUCAGUAUAACCAGCCUGCCUCUCUCUAGCGGGGAAAUCCCAACAGAUCGAGCUGUUAACAAGGGAGUGGUUUGCUCAAACAACAAAUUCAAAUCAUUCAAUGCUUGCUUUCGGUUGGCUUCCCCCUGCAGAAGCUCCAGCAGCAGCGAGCCACUGAACCUGUAAGUCUGUGACAGCAAAACAAACCAGGAGUUCAGAUUUUCUAGCGAACUUGGUGUCAAACAUGUUGAGUUUCGUUUUAAUUUGAGCAUUCGUCUUUCCAACUUUACAUUGCAGAUGAGAGUGAAUCAGCUCAUUUGCAUUUCAAAUGAUCCUCAAAAUACAAAAAGCUCAAGAGACUUUAACUGAUAGGCAUCUUUUUUUUUUUAAUAUUGCUUUUAAUAUUCGCCGCUUUUCAAAAUAAAAGGCUUCUGUCUGUUUUAGAAAUUACAUUUUUAACUUGAUCUGCACAGGAAAAAAGAGUAGAUGAUAUGUUGCCAGAUUUACCCUUCAGGGUUGAGUUUUAGCAGUGAUGAAGUGUUUAAAACUCUUCUUUGGAAAUGAACAACAGUGUCACCUGAGGAGCCUGUCGACCAGGAAGUUGUGGGGCAUUUUGUGCGGUCGUUGUUCCUCAUUUCUGAUCCUGCGGUGACGAGCAGAAAGGUGUGGGGCAGCGGACAAGUUUCAUUUGAAGUUGGCGAGUCCGUUAAUGACUCGUGAAACAUGCUGGAUCCAAGAGGGAACGAGGGCAGACGAAGCAGCGUUUUGUCAGCUGGGAACCAGGAUUAUAAAGGCUUUCUGAUGACUGAUCAGAAACUGCCAGAUUACGCCCAAGCUGUGUCCACCAAGAACACCGUGAAAGAACUUCUGCUGAUGAAACGCCAAGCGAUGGCAAAUGAACAGAAAUGGAACUGUUCACAAGACAACAACUUGGAGCCCGAAUUGAUAUAUCCAAAAGUUGAACCUUUCACCUGCAACGUGAGUCCUCAUCUGUUCAACCCUCCAGCACCGCCAAACCCAAAUCCCACCAUCGAGUUUCCUCCUGCACCUCCUCAAACUGUUGAAAAGACUCCACAACAAACACUCUUCCCAAUGCAAUAUCCAGCUCUGCAGGGACAACCGGCUCCGACUGCUGGAGUCAAAAUCAAUUUAUUUCAGUGGCAGAUUCAGCGUGAAACCCAGAAAGUUGGAGGAUUUUCUGCUGAGCAGCUGAACACUCAAGAUGCAGAUGGUGACACGUUUCUUCACAUAGCGGUGGCUCAAGGCAAACGGGCUCUCGCUUAUGUGCUUGCUGCAAAGAUGGCUGGAUGUGGCGUCCUGGAUGUCAAAGAACACAACGGGCAGACAGCUCUGCAGAUCGCUGCUACCAUCGAUCACCGCCUAAUCGUCCAGGACCUGCUUUCACACGGAGCCCAGAUCAACACCAGAGACCUGUGGGGUCGAUCUCCGUUACACGUGUGCGCUGAAAAGGGCCACGUCUUGAGUCUUCAGAGCAUCUGGAGGCACUUUGCAGCCGGCGGGCAGCAAGUAGAUGUCGAAAUGUUCAACUACGAUGGUUUGACAGCACUUCAUGCGGCCGUCCUGUCCCACAACGCCGCUGUUAAAGAGACGAGGAAAGCGGAAGAUUCGUGUUCGUACAUGGUGGCGGAGAGAGUGCAGAGGAGGCAGAUGUUGGUGGAAUGUAUUAAGAUUCUGCUGCACAUGGGCGCCUCCUAUGGGACAAAGGAUCUGAAAAGUGGACGGACUUGUCUUCACAUGGCUUCCGAGGAGGGAAACGUGGAGCUGUUGAGCAUUUUCCUUGAUCAGCCAAUAUCGCUGUCGACUGUAAAUGUCAAGACGUUCAGUGGAAACACGGCCCUGCACAUCGUCAGCUCUCUGCAAAACAACCCGACUCAAGCUGAAGCAGUGAAGCUGCUGAUGAGGAAAGGAGCCGAUCCAGGGAUCAGGAACUUGGAAAACGAGCUGCCGUGUCAGCUGGUGUCUGAAGGACUCCUUGGUGAAAAGGUGCGGAAGAUCCUCAAAGGGAAACUCUUUCAUGCUUAAAGAACACUGUCAGUUAGACGGUCAACUCUACAAAGACAUUUGCUCUAACAAGGCAGAUGAAGGUUGUUUCAGUGAAACAAGAUGUUCAUUACUAU